AGGGCAGUGAACGAUGCACAGAUAGGUGUUGCCCAGAUACAGAACAUCUCCGACAUAGACAAAGCCCCGCCCUACAUCUCUCCUAACACCCCUUUGGUGAACCCUAGGACUGGGGAGAGGAUACCUCCCACUGGAGCCUCUUCAUCAGCAACCAGUAACCAAAGAUAACUCAGCAAUUAAAAUGACAGAUGGUACACCAAUCAACAUCAUGAACAGUGUACCGAUCGGCCACUACAACACGAUGUACGUCCAGACAGGACGCCAGCAGAACCAGGAGGUGGAAGAGGACUUAUCCUCUGAUUCUGACAACUUUGACAAUGAGGAAGACAUACAGGAGCAGGUGCGGCAACGGCGUCUGGCUGAUGAGGAAACAGCUGAAAUACUUAGGGGAUGUCUCCAUAGUGUAGUGGAGGAAUGUUGGAUCAGUGGCUCCAUAACCAGUGACGACGUUACAAGAUGGUACUUGUUGCCAAGUUACUGUGCCAGAAAUCAAUGUGGGUUUGAAUCCCAGAUUACCUAAUUGUUUCUUGGUUUGUCAGCACCAUACCCAUACUAGUUGGUUUCACCUUAGUGAUAAAGUUGACAUGAUGUGAUAACUAAAAUACUGUUCAAUGCGGCAUCAAAACCCUAUUCUUAGCUCCAAAUACUCUUCCUAUUUGUGUAAAAUAUAUCACCAUUACCCAAUUAAUUAUUAAUUGCUUCCUAUUCAGAUUGUUAAUUACUGAGAGGGUGACGGCAUGUCACAAAAAUGAAUGUUUAAAAAAUGUCUUCUGAUUGGUGUAAAAAUACCCCAUAGAUUGGACCAAAGGGAGUAAAAAUAUAUUGAUCUCCAAUGUGAAUGAUAACGUGUGAGUAAAUACCCAAUUUGGAUCCCUGUUUAUAUCUUAUUUUGAAAUCAUGUUGACAUUACUUCCCUACGCAAUAAUUGUUUGUUUAUAUCAUCACUACAGAUGUAGUUGAACAUUUCAGCUUCACGGGCACAUUAUUGGUAUGACCUCCUUUUGCAUGUGGUUGUUUGCAGUUAAUAUCAUUUGCUUCAAGAUAUUAUAACUUUGUAUAUAGCGGUGUCAAUAAAAUGUCAAUCAAUA